AUGUCUAAGAGCACAGGAAUCAAACCUAGAGUUUAUUGUGUUGAAUUUGCCAAUAAUGAGAGCCCAGUGCUUGGUGUAGUUACAAUUGCAGUCGUUGUGAAUAGGACAAACAAACCAAUUGUUGGUCGAGUAAUGGGAGGUUCGAGUGCCAUUAAUUACUUAGUUUACAUGAGAGGUAAUAAAAGAGAUUACGAUGAUUGGGCUGCUUUAGGAAACUAUGGUUGGAGCUACCAAGAAGUUUUACCAUACUUUAUCAAAUCAGAAAACAACAGAAAUAAGGAUGAUGUAGACGAAUAUUAUCAUGGCUAUGAAGGGCCAAUGACGGUGGAAAAAUUUAAAUAUACAGACCCAAAUGUAGUCAUGCUUGCAAACGCUUUUGAAGAAAGCGGGCUGCCGAUAAUCGAUGUCAAUGGAGAAGACCAAAUUGGAGCUAUGAUUGUCCAAGCAACUGCUAGAAAUGGAAUCAGAAUGUCUACCAAUGCUGCUUUUAUUAGACCUGUUAGAAACAAAAGACUAAAUCUUCGUAUCAGAACAAAUGCUCAAGUUACCAAAGUUUUAAUAAAUCCUACCAAAAAGAUCGCUUAUGGCGUUAGAUACUUCAGAAAUGGCAGAUGGUACAGAGCUCACGCAAGCAAAGAAGUUAUUCUGAGUGCUGGUGCCUUGAACUCUCCAAAAAUAUUAAUGCUAUCCGGCAUAGGGCCUAGAAGACAGCUGAGAGCUUUAGGAAUAAAAGUAUUGAAGAACUUGAAAGUAGGAUACAAUCUUCAUGACCAUGCUACGACAAACGCUAUGUUGAUGAGUCUAACGAAUAAAACGUCAACGCAAAUAAGUGCCAUAAACAUUAUAAGAGAAGUCAAAAGGUAUUAUUCUUCAAAAAAUAAAGAUGGGCCGCUGUCAGCGACUGGUCCUUUGUACGUAACAGCCUUUGUGAGAACACCGUUUGCUGAUGAAGAUGAAACAGUACCAGAUAUACAGUUCCACUUCGAUGGGAGACAUUUGAGAGAGUUUUAUUCUGAUCCUACCACAUAUCUCUCAACGAGCAUAUUCCCUUUUUCGUAUUAUGACAGCAUUAAUGUAAGGCCAAUACUCCUGCUGCCUCAGAGUCGUGGAUUUCUUACACUGAACACGACUCACCCUGUCUUUGGUCAGCCAUUGAUUUACCCAAGAUUUUUCACAGACCAAAGGGAUGUGGACACUCUAGUAGCUGCUUUGAAAAUGGUAGUUGAAUUGGAGAAUACUCGUGCGUUCAAAGAAAAUGGAGUGGAGUUUGUAAGAUGUCCCGUAGAAGCUUGCCAGGCCUUCCAAUGGGGAACUGAUGAAUAUUUUUUCUGCUUACUCACGCGUUAUACUGGAACUAUAUUCCAUCCAUCUGGAACGUGUAAAAUGGGACCUGAAUCAGACAAACGCGCAGUAGUUGAUCCAAGGCUAAAAGUGUAUGGAAUAAGACAUUUGAGAGUAGCAGACGCUUCUAUAAUGCCAAAUAUAGUUCGUGGUAAUACAAAUGCACCAGUCAUAAUGAUUGGUGAAAAAGUUUCUGACAUGGUCAAAGAAGAUUGGUCUCAUUACAGUUAA